AUGGGUUUUAUGGAGUUUUACCUGGAGAUUGACCCGGUUACCUUAAAUCUUAUCAUUCUCAUUGCCAGCUAUGUGAUUCUACUCCUGGUCUUUCUCAUCUCCUGCAUCCUGUAUGACUGUCGUGGCAAAGACCCUAGUAAGGAGGAUGUUUCAGAGCCUCCGGCCCCACAGCAGCAGUCUCCCGUACGGCUCAUUGUGAUGGAGAACUCACCAGCACCGGCACGCUAUAAUGAGCAAAACAACACGACAAAAGCCCAACACAACCAUUAUGUGCCAUCCACCCCGGACCCAAGAGAGAAAAAAACCACACUGGUAUAG